AUGCGGUCCAAGGAAGCUAUGGCGAUUGAAAGCUCAGGCUCUCAAACGAAAAGGAGUCAUCAAGAGAGUCAGUCCUGGAACAGGUUAUAUGUCGCAGCGCACGGCAAUGAUGUGAUUCAUCACACAGAGCGGGAAAAUCAUAAUGAAGACUGCAUGCCAUUCGAAAGCGUUGAGUGCGCGCCAUCAGGGUGCUAUGGGUUCGUGCUCGGUCCGGCAGAAAUGCAGCGCGCACGAUACGAUAUGGGCCAUGGCAAUUGCGGCUCGGGUUCCGAGGCGACGGUGAUGGCGAUGGCGAUGGCGAUGGCGAAUGGAGUCGAGCAUUGCCCAGAACGCGCUACACGUAACGGUAACUCGCCAUCCAUACAGGUGAACCUGGUUAUAAGCAACCGGCCGGCGGAGCCAUAA